GCGCGCUUGGUUUGCAGCCAGAUAUAGGCUGGACUUAUAACGAGUAUGGCUGUCUAUCCGUUACGAUGGAGAACUAACUGGGUGAAAGUUUUUUCCGUGUGCACUACCCUUUUAAUCGUGUCCAUAUUCGUACGAAUUACGUUGGUCGCAUAUGCCAGGAAGAGGGAAAUCGGCGAAGGCUUUGCUGCUCACAACAUAGGGACAGGCCACGUCAGUGCGGACGCGAUCAGAAACGCAAGCGAUGGGGAGAGCAGGCAGCGUCUGUUGUUUCAUCUCGUGUGGACCACGAACGCGGAUGUACUGCCGGAAGUUGCAGCACUGGCUGUGAGAAGCGUCUGCAGGUUCCAUCCAGACGCCGAUGUACAUUUCUGGAUACUAGACGCCGACAAAUUUCGCAACGAACCGCCGAGGUUCGAGUGCAACGUUCAAUACAAAGCCCUCGACUUGACAGAGUUGUUCGCGGGUCUGCCGAUCUCUACAGAACUUUUCACGAAAUCUUCACGAAAAACAAGAAAAUAUCAUAUUGCAGAUUCCGCUCGGCUCGUUCUUGUUUACAAAUUCGGUGGCAUUUAUUUAGACACGGACAUAAUCAUCCUGCGCCAUCUAGCGGGAUUCAGCAAUAGUUUAGGGUUCCAAGACGAAGAUUUCGUCAACAACGCCUUAAUGAUCUUCGAUAAAGGUCACCCGUUCAUCCGUUUCGUGAUCGGGCAGAUACCAGGCUACUACAACGCAAGGCUCAGCAAUGCUCUGGGACCUCGAUUACUAACAGACUGCGUCACAGCGUGGUGGAAACAGAAGCCGAACAAUGCGAUACGCUUAGACGACCCUACGAGCGCGCGGCGGAUUGCGGAUGCUCCACAAUCAGCGAUAUUCGUCUACGGAGCUUCGCUGUUUUACCCUAUAGACUACAUGUUCGACAUGUCAACGCUCAGCGAGCAGUCCCUGCGACAGGCCGUACGCGGGGCGUACACGUUUCACCUGUGGAGCACGAUGAUUAAGGGCAAUGAGGAAGCUAAGCAAUUUUUCUUGACAUUUUUUAGUAAGUUCGUCGGAGUGUGAGAUUCUGUCGAACGAGCAUUUACCGCUUAGCACAUUAGCGGCCUUGUCUUAUUUUUUUGCGUUGUGUUAUUUUUGUAUUAUGUUAAUAGACGUUGUCAUUACAGUUCAUAAUUUCAGCAACUAUAACUUAUAAAUCGAACAUAUUUUCAUUGAUAUGUACUACAAAUAGCUCAUUUAUUAUUUAAAAAAUAAUAAUAAUAGAGGAUUAUUAGACAUCAAUAUAACCUGGUAAUUUUGAUUGUUGUAUAUCGAUGUGAACUAGAAUGCAACCUAAAUUAUAAUUGUUUUCUUGUGAUAGUAACUAUCUUACAAUUACAUAGUGCAUAAGCUUUAUUAUUUUAAUAGAUAUUCUACGAGUUCAACUACACAAUAUAUAUCAUCUAUUAUUUCCUAUUAUCUA